GGCCAGCCGGGCCCUCGCUGUCACUCCAGGGAUGUGUGGGCAGUGAGGAAGCGAGCAGGAUUGCGUCAGAACCAAAGAAUAACGGCUGAGAGCGGCAGAGAGGGAGGGACGCGGGGUUCAGGCGCGGGUCGAGCGGGGGUGUCAUGGCGGACCACGCGGAGCUGCUAGCAGAGAUGGCGACCGUGGGGCGCCUUACCGCCACCGAACGGCUCAAGCACGCCCAGAAGCGGCGCGCCCAGCAGCUGAAGGGCUGGGCACAGAUGGAGAAGGAGGGUGCCCGGGGCAACAAGGCGGGGGCGAAGGGCGGCAAGAAGGGCGGCAGGACCCGCAGGGUGGCCUUCCCCGACAACAUUACCCUGCUGGAGGCUGCUGCCCGCAACGACCUGGAGGAAGUGAGAGAGCUUCUGAACAGUGGAGUGAGUCCAGAUCUUUUCAAUGAAGAUGGCCUCACAGCCCUGCACCAGUGCUGCAUAGAUGACUUCGUGGAGAUUGUCCGCUGCCUGCUGGACGCGGGUGCGAGCGUCAACGCCUGCGACAGUGAGCUGUGGACCCCUCUGCACGCCGCUGCCACCUGUGGCCACACCGGGCUGGUGCAGCUCCUCGUACAGUCUGGCGCCGACCUGCUGGCGGUCAACGCAGAUGGGAACAUGCCCUAUGACCUGUGUGAAGAUGAGGCCACGCUGGAGCUUAUCGAGAUGGUCAUGGCAGAACAGGGUAUAACGCAGGAGCGUAUUGACGAGUGCAGAGGGGCCAAAGAGAUGGAGAUGCUGGCAGACGUCCAGGCGCUGAUUCAGAGCGGGGCGGACCUGAACGCCCAGGACGACCAAGGAACUACUCUGCUUCACAUCGCUGCGGCCAAUGGGUACCAGAUUGUGGGUGAGCUGCUCCUGGAACAGCGGGCAAAGGUAGAGGAGAAGGACAGCGAUGGCUGGACACCGCUUCACGCUGCCGCCUGCUGGGGACAGAUCCAGAUGGUAGAGCUGCUUGUGGCACAUGGAGCGAAUCUUAACGCCAAGUCGGUCUUGGAGGAGACGCCACUGGAUGUGUGCGCAGAUGAGGAGGUGAGGGCCAAACUGCUGGACCUCAAACACAAACACGACGCCAUCAUGAAGAGCCAGGACAGACACAAGGGCACCCUGCAAAGGAGAGCCUCCAGCACCAGCAGCAGAGGGAAGGUAGUGCGGCGCGUGAGCGUGAACGAGCGCUCCAGCCUGUACCGCCGAGAGCACCACAAGGAGGCCAUGGUGUGGCAGGAGCGCGGGCGGCAGCCGGACCCUCAGGAUGACGAUGAGGACAGACAGACGGACGCAGAGCUCAACCAGCACGCCUCCGCGGCCGCAGGGUCAGGUGCGUGGGCGCGGCAGGAUGAGGAGGAUGGUGCUGAGAGGAAGAGGGACUCCACCCUGGGGAACGGGGCGACGCCGCUGUCCUCCAUGUCCUCCAUGGUGCCGGGGGAGCCCCGCGGGGGCGGCCGCAUGGACCGCAGCGCCUCCUACCAGCUGGCCCCCGCAGCCGGGGAGGGGGAGGGGGCGGACAGCAUGACCCGGGAGAAGUCCCACCACACCCUGGCCGACCUGAAGCGGCAGCGGGCCGCCGCCAAGCUCCACAAACACCCCGCCCCUCCCCCGCCCCUGCCACCGCCCACCGAGGAGGAGCCCGCCCCUCCCGAGUCCCCGCCCCCAGCCCCUCAGGACACGCCCGAUGCGGGUGAGGCCGCCGCCCCCAGCACGGUCUACUUCACCCCCGCCAGCGGAGACCCGCCGCUGCUGAAGCUGAGGGCACCGGACGAGGAGUCCUCCAAUAACAAGGAGCCCUGCUGUGGGCUCAUGUAACUGCACAAUCUCACACACACACACACACGCA